CCAGUCGGUGGCGGUAAUGCACCUUUAGGUUGGUUUGCCAACUGCCAGAAAACCUUAAAGAAGAAGAAGAAGGUGAACGGCGCGGAGUUGGUAGUCAUAAUGGCUGGUCAAGAGCAAGUAGUUGUUUUCAAAAAGGAAACCGUCAGUAAACUUUUGAUGCAGUUCUUCAAGGACGACAAAAGUAAAGCAGUCAGCAACGAUACUGUCAGUCUCAUGGCUGAGAUGCUCAGAAUUUUCGUUAUCGAAGCAACACGCAGAACAAUAAAACAAGCAGAGAAUGAGGACUGUGUUGGUGUGGAUUUGGAGCAUGUUGAGAGAAUUUUGCCUCAGCUGGCAGUCAUCUUUAUAUGUUUCAUUGGAACAGCACCAAACAAAAGUUCCAGCAUCAUCUCCUUGGUCAAUGCAGAUUCAUGAUUCAUCACUGAAUAUAACUUUCAUCCAAUCACCCACAGUCCACGACUCCUUCUCUUUAACCCCUCUGUAACCUUGUUUUCUUCUGUUUAGGUGUUAAUGAUGGUUAACGUUUGGCUUUUCUGUAUGUAAAUCCCAUUUCCU